AUAAAUAUAAAUAUUAAAGAGGGCUUCCAUUGAUAAUCUUGUCCUUCUCUUCGCUAUUCCAUCAAAACCAAAGGGUUGGUCUCAUUCGACCCCACCAUCGCUGUUCCAUACUCUCUGCCUUCAAAUCACAAAGGCUAAAAGAAAAUGAGCAAGGGACCAAGCUGGUCUGACCAAUGGGGGAAUGGAGGGUUUGGCAGUGACCACUAUGAGGAUGAGAAAGUGAAGAAGAGCAGUGGAAGCAGCAAGAAGAUGGCUGCUGGUAUGGACAAGGCCAAAGCUGCAGCAAUUGUGGGUGCUGACAAGGCUAAAACUGCUGCUGUAGUGGGCGCCCAGAAGGUGAAGAGUGGAACUUCUGCUGGAAUCAAAUGGGUCAAGAAUCAGUACCAGAAAAGGACUUCCAAGUGAAGUUUCACUCAGACAGUUUCAGUUCAUAGCUUUGGUAAAUAAUACAUGAUGAUCUAGUAAAGUGUUUUGCUUGUUUGUGUGCAAUUUCCAUUGCAACAAUCCAGAUUAACUUCUUAUUUGUAUUUUUCAUUUGUUUGUAGAAAAUUGUUGGGUGUUGAUCAUGUUAUUAGUUUACCUGAAAUCUUUCUGUGACUGCUCAUUCAGCAGAUUUUACAGUUUUACACCAUUUGUUCCUACUGCAGGGUGAUGUUUUACAGUAUUAUACUGUGAGUUUUAUAUUCUGUAGUUAUUUUCGGAACACAUUUCAAUUAUGAUAUGAUAACGUUAUUUA